ACAUCAAAUAUCAGAGUUUCAUGUCCAACCAAAGUUACUUUUCCUUAAAGGAAACUCCAAGCACACACAGGACACAGCCAUGCAACGUCUCUGUUUCUAAAAUCACUAUUUGGUAUUGGAGAAAGCAGGAGAGAAACAUCAGAGAGGGUAGGCCAUUGAUAUUGGAAGAGUUCAUAUAACAUAUUAAUAGAAACUGAGGGUAUUUGUGAUAAGAUGGGAAGAGGAAGAGCACCAUGCUGUGAUAAGAGUCAAGUUAAGAGAGGUCCUUGGAGCCCUUCAGAAGAUCUUAAGCUCAUUGCUUUCAUCCAAAAGUAUGGCCAUGAAAAUUGGCGUGCUCUCCCAAAACAAGCAGGCCUUUUGCGAUGUGGGAAAAGUUGUCGUCUGAGAUGGAUCAAUUACCUUCGGCCUGAUGUGAAGAGAGGUAGUUUUACACUGGAGGAAGAGGAAACCAUAAUAAGGCUACACAAGGCCUUGGGAAAUAAGUGGUCAAAGAUUGCAUCACGUUUGCCUGGUAGGACUGACAAUGAGAUCAAGAAUGUGUGGAAUACCCACUUAAAGAAAAGAUCGGUUGCAAAAAAAAGCUUAAAUUCAAGUGCAGAUGAGUCCAAGCCAGAUUCAUCAAUAACUUCCUCCUUUUCCUCUUCAUCUGAAUCAUUUUUCUCAAAUGAGAGACCAAAUUCACCAAAGACCACAACACUUGGUAGUGAAUUUAAUGACCAACCAUCACAAGAGACAGAUAAAAUUGAGCAAGAUUUAGAGAAACAAGUAUCCAAUGAAUUUAUCAUCAUCACUGAGAAUCCAAAAGAGUCAUCAGUUUCAUUAUCAUCAAUUGAGUCAAAUAUUGCAACCUCAAGCCAGGAUGUUGCAUGCAAAGCAGAACAACUAUUGGCUUCUCCAUUAUCCUACCUAGGAUCCUAUGAUUUUGGUAGUAUAUUGGAAGAGGUGGAUAAACCAAACCACCUGUUUGAAAUACCAUGGGAAUCAGAUUAUGAUUUUUGCAAGUUGUUAGAUGACGAUAACUUUGGAUCUUUUCAAUCAAAUGAAGUCCAAUUAAGUGAGUUCCCAGCAAGCCAAAACGUUAUACUUGAAGAAGAGAUAGUUCAAGAUGUUAAAGUCACACAGUGGCCCCAUGAUUUUGAGAAUAAGUUUGGAGUUGUAGGUGAAAUAAAGGAGUCAAACAAGGAUCAUUUCUUACCAAAGAAUUAUGAAGUUGGGCCAGAAAUAGACCACACUCAGACAUUUGAUCUCGAUGACAUGAGAACACCAGAAGCUGAAUUAGACUUUGGUUACAUUCAAUUAUGGCCAUCUUGGUCUUAGAAUAAUAAUCUUUAGUUUAAUACAAACCAAUAGUUGAAAAACAUACAAGUCCAUUUGAGAAUCAUCAAAUUGUGAUUUACUUAGGAAUACUGACUAUGGUAAAUUAAUCGAGCAGAUUAGGUCUAUUUGAUGUAUGAUAGUUUCAUGUAUCCUCCACAAAAUAAUGUUAGAAUAGGUUAUAGAUUGAAGCACAUAUAUGCAAUGUAAUGUAUUAAAUAAUCGGAAAAUUGAAGUCCCUUAAAAUAAUGUCAUUAGUUAAAGUAAGAAAAAAAGAAGAAAUAAAAGUCAAUUUAUAUUCUGUCAAAUAUGUGCACAUCUAUCUU